AUGGCUUCAGCUCCGGCCACCACCUUCUUCCCAAAACAUCGCCACCCUCCACCACCUUGCCGCCACUUCCAUAACCUCCGUUCGUCAAAACCCACCACCAUCAGUUGUACCUCAUCACCACCUAUCAUCACGACAACCACUUCCGGUAACAACCGUCAGUCGAUCCCUUCUCUUCUUCCGUUCUCCGCCAAAUAUGUCCCCUUCAACGCCGUCACCGAGGAAUGCUACUCCCUCGACGAUAUUAUCUACAGGAGCCGCUCCGGUGGCCUGUUGGAUGUCCAACACGACAUGGAGGCUCUGAAACAGUUCGACGGGAAAUACUGGCGAACACUCUUCGACUCACGAGUCGGCCGCACCACCUGGCCGUACGGCUCCGGCGUAUGGUCCAAAAAAGAAUGGGUGUUGCCGGAAAUUGACAACGACGAUAUCAUAAGCGCCUUCGAAGGCAACUCCAACCUCUUUUGGGCUGAGCGUUACGGAAAGCAUCAUCUCGGCGGCAUGAAUGAUUUAUGGGUGAAACACUGUGGUAUUAGUCACACCGGAAGCUUCAAGGAUUUAGGUAUGACUGUUUUAGUUAGCCAAGUUAAUCGCCUCCGUAAAAUGAAUAAACCAUUGGUCGGCGUUGGCUGCGCUUCCACCGGAGACACCUCCGCCGCACUCUCCGCCUACUGCGCCGCUGCCGGAAUUCCGUCGAUAGUAUUUUUACCAGCAAAUAAGAUCUCAAUGGCGCAAUUAGUUCAGCCAAUAGCAAAUGGAGCUUUUGUAUUAAGCAUGGACACAGAUUUCGAUGGAUGCAUGAAACUAAUUCGAGAAAUUACGUCUGAAUUACCGAUUUACCUUGCGAAUUCACUGAAUAGUUUGCGAUUAGAAGGUCAGAAAACGGCGGCGAUCGAGAUUUUGCAGCAAUUUGAUUGGGAAGUUCCGGAUUGGGUGAUAAUUCCGGGAGGAAAUUUAGGUAACAUUUACGCAUUUUACAAAGCUACCACCACAUUCGCUUCCGCUAUCCAAAUCGGAGACCCUGUUUCCAUCGACAGAGCAGUGUAUGCCUUAACGAACUCCGAUGGAAUAGUGGAGGAGGCGACAGAGGAGGAGCUGAUGGAUGCGAUGGCCGUGGCAGACUCAACCGGGAUGUUUGUUUGUCCUCACACCGGGGUGGCACUGGUGGCUCUGAUGAAGCUCCGGGAGAGAGGUGUGAUUGGGAAGAAUGAUCGGACGGUGGUGGUCAGUACUGCCCAUGGAUUGAAGUUUACUCAAGCGAAGAUCGAUUAUCAUUCAAAGUCGAUAAAAGAAAUAGCUUCCAAGUUUGCAAAUCCGCCGGCGGAGGUGGCGGCGGAGUACGGAGCUGUCAUGGACGUCCUGAAGAAGCAUCUUAAAAAGGUUUCAUAG